GUGUGUGUGUGUGAGUGAGUGAGUGAGUGUGUGAAGCCAACCUGUUGCAGUGUGUCGCUGACUCAGUUCCGAGCUGCAGAUCUCACUGCCCUCCAGUCUGCAGUGUUAUCCCUUUACUGCUCACCAGCAAACACUCACUCACUCACUCACUCACUCAGGGUUUGUACCAGAGGCAGAAUGCAGAGAUAUUGAAAUCCAUAAUUUGGCAGCAAGCUGUGCUCUGAUGCCACUCAGUGCAGAGAGGAAGACAGCACUGGACAGAAAUUUUGUAAAACUGAAAUCUUUACACAGUCCCAUCAUGAGCAAACAGAUUUUUCCACCUAAAGUAACACUGGAGCGACGCAGUAUUUCUGUUCUUCUAUCAAACAAAGAACGACUUGAAGUCCUUGUUGGAAUCAAAGCUACUGGCCAGGAGCUCCACAAUCAAGUUUGUGAGUUACUGAAGAUCAAGGAUGCUCACUUCUUUGGUAUUAGUGUGGUAAAAAACAAUGAGCACAUUUUCAUGGACUUGGAACAGAAGCUUACUAAAUAUUUUCCCAAGGAAUGGAAGAAAGAAAUCAAUAAAAACCAUGAAAAAUUUGGAUCUCCAUAUGUCGUUAGUUUCAGGGUACAGUAUUAUGUUGAAAACGGAAAAGUAAUAAGUGACAAAAUAGCAAGACACUUCUACUACUUACAACUGAAGGAUCAAGUUUUGAGAUCGCGGUGCACAAGCAAAGAGGAAGUCUAUUUCUUGCUUGCAGCAUACGCAUUGCAGGCUGACCUGGGAAACUACAAAGAGAAGGUGUACGCUGGAAAAUAUUUUGAGCCUCAGAAAUAUUUCCCUGAAUGGGUAAUUAACAAAAGGGGUCGUGAUUACAUUUUGAAGCAUGCGCCUGAAGUGCACAGAGAACAGAAUGGACUGACUGCUAAAGAGGCUCUGCUGAGGUUUAUUAAAGAAGCUUGCCUUUUAGAGGAUGUGCCUGUCCAUUAUUACAGACUCCAGAAAGACAAGAAGGAAGAGGCUCCCUCAGUAGUGCUUGGGCUGACCCUGAAAGGCAUGCUUAUUUAUCAGGAAUCUCAUAAUGUUCAACACUUGCUUUACGACUUUCCAUGGUCAAACGUUGGCAAGCUUACUUUCCUGGGGAAGAAGUUUGAGAUCCAGCCAGAUGGUUUACCUUCAGCCCAGAAACUGGUCUAUUACACAGGCUGUCCGUUCCGGUCUAAGCAUUUGUUACAACUGCUCAGCAACAGCCACAGGCUUUAUAUGAACAUCCAGCCUGUGCUCAGACAGAUCCGAAAACGAGAGGAGACUGAGGAAAAAAAGCGCUACAGAGAGUCGUACGUAAGUGAUCCCUUUGAGAUGGACUUGGAGCACCUGGAUAAGAAUUCCUAUGGUAGUGGGAGCAGUCGGGGCAGUGUGAGGAACAAGAGAUUCUCCCGACAGUCAACGGUUAGCCAUGGCAGUUCACACACCUCUGGGAUUGAGGCCGAUUCAAGACAUAGAAUGUCUGUGGAGAUGGCAGUGGAUGAACCCUUCUCCAUUGAGCCAGUGCAUAGCCCGGUCAAAUCCUGCAGUUCAAUGAACAGCCAUGGCAGUUCACAUACAUCAGGAAUAGAGAGCGGUAGCAAAGACCGAGCUAAGGAAGAUUCCGAAGAUGAUGAAGUGGAGGUCCCUGUUGAUGGUCCACUUGAAAUACAGCAGAACGAUGAGUUCAUUGAAGGUGAAUCUGUUGACUAUCCUCUUUUAAACUACCCUCUUUUAGUCAAGGACCACUGGCAAGAUAGCAACGGAACUGCUGUGAAUUUGUCUGAUCCCUUGGUGAAACUUAGAGGACAAAGUGCAUACUCACUUUCACAGGUUGCACAAUCUAAGCUAAGAAACUCGACUGAUCGUCAUAGUCAGAGUUUGGAUGAUGUGCGUCUCUACAAGCAGCAACCACCUUUAGGCUCCACUUUGUCUUCAGACACCUCUCAGAGCUACACAUUUGGGUAUAUUCAUGAGGACAAAGAUAGUCAAUUUUGUUAUACUUACUCUACAGCAGAUUGUAAAACCAAAUCCACCUUUUACGGCAAACGUUCAAUGAAUUGUCUAUCCUUGGAUCUCCUUGGUGAAGAACAGCUGUUGGAAUUUAUAGUGUGAUGAAAUGAUAAACAAACACUGGACAUGAAGUGCAGUCUGAGUUACAAUACUCACGAUAAGGCUGGAGAGUGAAGAUUCAAGAACGGUUGUGAACCUGAGCUUAAUUACUACAUACUCAGUCGCUCAGCAUAUACCUCACUACUCGGAGCCAGAACUGAAGUCUCAUUGGAUGAAGUUAGCCAUAAUCACCUGGUUAACUCUGGAAGUUUACUGUACUAUAUUGUUACAUAGUACUAUAAUGAGUUCAGUGAAUAUACAAUAUACUCAUUGUACGAGAGCUUAUUUCAAUUGAAUUUCAGUCACAGAGUUAGUAGGAGUAUGAGAGUACAUUUUAUUUUUCUAAUAAAAACUUUCAAAUUUUGCCUUGCAAAAGUUGUACCUAAGAUUACACAAGACCAACACCACUGAAAUUAACUGCACCAUGUUGUUUGGGAGACACAUUCAAUGCUCACUGAAGAUAAUAUAGCACACACGCCUUGUGCCACUAUGAUAAAUUAGCAUAAGACAAUAGGAAACAGUGAUAUUUAUUUUACAAUGUUAUCUUUUCAAAAGCAAGAACAGAAAUCGAAAUUAACAGACCAACUUGUGAAAAUGCUGUAUGAUGUUUGGGGGACAGUUGGAGGCAGCAACGGAAAGAAAAUCUGUCAUGAGGGAUGAGGAGGGAAAGGUAAAAGAUGAAGAAAGAGCAAGGUGAAAAAAUUGUCUUCCCAGUCAAAUGGAUUGCAAGUAGUCUGGCUAAAUUAAUGACUGCAAUAAUGUGGAGAUACAGAAUUUUUUCUGAUAUUGGUAGUUUGUAAAUAGCAUAUGGAAAUUACAUUGGCAUUUCACAGAAGAUUCCAAAAAUAAUGCAACAAAUUAGGCAUAUCUAUGGUUAAAUUGUAGAAUAAGGAUAAAUGCGUAUAUAAAUAUCAGUUUAUCACCACCUGAUGAUACAUAGAUAUGGGGAAUAGUGCUUAAAUCCCUCCAUUCCUUGGCACCACCCUAUCUCUCUAACCUCUCU